UUUUACAGAGUGUCAGAGUCUGAAGAGCGUUUUGAGUUUGAGCAUCGGUUCAGAUGACAGAGUGACGGAAACUCGCGGGUCAGCGAAGGGCGUCGCGCGGUGGAUAAAAGACAGCUGAUACAGGGUGUUCAGAAAAGCUUUUGCGGCCCUUACGGUGCCCUGACCGGCCAACAACUCUUAUUUUUGUGGAUACGAACUGGUCCGAACUGGAAAACAUGCUGUUUUGGCACACACAUCCCGAAACUUAUCAACAGCACGCGCAAAAUAAUUAUAUAAGAGAUGCUCUUGCUCCAUUUCUAAAGCACAAGGAAGAGCAGCAGUCAGCUGAGAAUGGAGUGGCUCCUUUUCAUUACGUGCUGUGUGCAGCCACAUCCCCAGCUGUCAAACUCCAGGACGAAACACUCACCUAUCUGAAUCAAGGUCAGUCCUAUGAAAUCUGCAUGCUUAAUAGACAACUAGUGGAGUAUACAGAUAUAAGCAGCAAAUAUGUCAAGAGCAUGGUGCGUGUGGUGUUCCAUGACAGACGGCUGCAGUACACAGAGCAUCAACAGCUGGAGGGAUGGAGAUGGAACCGUCCAGGAGACAGAAUCCUGGAUAUAGAUGUUCCCCUGUCAGUGGGCAUAAUGGAACCUCAAGCACAUCCACUCCAGCUCAACACCAUUGAAUUCCUAUGGAAUCCUGACAAAAAUGCCUCUGUGUUCAUUCAGGUCAACUGCAUUAGCACUGAGUUCACUCCUAGAAAGCAUGGUGGAGAGAAAGGAGUUUCCUUCCGCAUUCAAAUAGACACCUUCGCAGCCAAUGAGCAUGGAGAAUACAUAGAAUAUAUGCACUCUGCCAGCUGCCAGGUCAAAGUGUUCAAGCCAAAAGGUGCAGAUCGCAAACUCAAGACUGACAGAGAGAAGAUUGAGAAAAAGAGUGCUCUGGAUAGAGAAAAAUAUCAACCAUCUUAUAAAACUACUGUGCUCACUGAGUGCUCAUCUUGGCCUGAUGCCCCUUCUGUCAACAGUACAAGGAACACUCCAUCUCCUGGUUAUCACAGCUCUCAUACUUCAUACAGCUUCCCAGAGGGAAACUGUUCUCCAAACCAGCAGGGGGAGCUAUUCCUGCCCAGCUGCUCUGAUCACCUGUUGCCAUCUUCCUCCACACAAGACACACAGCAGUGGCUCCAUCGAAACAGGUUCUCCUCUUUCUGCAGGCUCUUCUUGGGCUUCUCAGGUUCUGAUUUGCUAAAAAUUGGUAGAGAUGACUUAAUUCAGAUCUGUGGUCCAGCUGACGGGAUCCGUCUUUUCAAUGCAAUCAAAGGGAGGUGUAUACAACCACGUCUUACUGUCUAUGUAUCUCAGCUACAGCACAGGAACCAAGCACACACCAAAGCAGGGGGUGAUGAUGUGUACCAUGCCCUCUACCUAGAGAACCUUACUGUCCUUGAGCUCACUGAGAAGAUAGCCAAUCUAUAUAAUGUUCCCUCACAACAAAUUAAUCAUGUAUACAGACAGGGCCCAACAGGGAUCCACAUCUUGGUGUCAGAUGAGAUGGUGCAGAACUUUACAGAGGAGACUAGAUUCAUUAUCAGCACUUUAAAAGAUGAAAGUAAUGACGGCUACCGUGUUGUACUGAAGUGACCUGAGUAUGCACUGCUGGAGCAUAACAGAUGCCUUUAGCUUAUUUGUACAAGAUUGUACUGUUUCAAAGUUAAAUUAUCACCUGCUGGAAUGUGAAAUUAAUGUAGUAUGAAUGAACUGAAUAAAUUAAUGAAUGUUGAUGGCUUUUGUAUGAAUGUAGAUAACUUUUAGACAUUUUUAAGAGGGAAUGUUGAAAAACUCUAUGGUGCAAAUACGGAAGUCAGCAGCAGUGGUAUUUAGUUUGUACAUUUUAUUUUAUAGUAAUUGUUUUUAUUAUUAUUAUUAUUAUUAUUAUAAAUUGGCAUUGUGGUGGAUCAUAAAACCAUGUGACAGAUUUUUUUAUUAUGAUUAAAAACAUGCUAUAAUGUGCAGAAGGCCUUACACAUGUUUCGUGUUUACAAAAAACUUAAACUAAAUCAAACUUAAUAUAUUUACAUGUAUUAAUAUAUUUAAUGUGCAGCAGAAAAGUUGAUUGGUGCUUUUGCUGAACUCCAUGAGUAGUUAUCUACUGAAAUAUGUUUUUCAUAAGGGCCUCCUUGUUCAUCUCUGCUGGGGAAGUCUAAAUAAAGGCAUUAAAUGAAAAGAAAUAUUUUUGUGCUUUUUCUAUUAUGGUGCCUUUAAGGUUUGGAUUUUGUGACUGAUUAAUGUAUAGGUAUUUUUAUGCAUAGCACCUAGAAAAUGGCUAACCGGUGUUUCCCACUUUACCUUAAAAUCAGUUGCUUUUGAAUAUUUUACAACAUUUGUCUUUCAACAAAGAUCUGAAUAUAUUUGCAAUUUUUCAUAUGUUAGAUUUGGAGCAUUUUCAUAUACAUGUAUUUCAGAAAUAUACUAUGCAUGUUUGGGAGUGUUACAAAGACAGAUAGGCUACACUCAAAAAAACAGUUUUAAGAUUUACGCAUUUCAAUUAAAUACAAUUCUAUCAAAUUGAAUUGAGAAAUAAUAUUAAAGAACUUUA